UUCUUGAGUUGAAUGUAUGUGUCUGUCCCGACAAAUGGCCUCACACUAGUGCUUUUCUUGUGUGCACUAAGCUACGUUGAGGAGGCAGGAAGGAGGCGAUGAUGGUGCAGCAGUAGUCACAGCAUCAUCAUGGACCGCUCCGGCCGGCGGAUACCUGCCACCCACCUGUAGCAUCAACCGGCAGCAUGGCGAACACGACCCACGGCAACCAGGAGCGAAGAGACAGCCGCUGUGGUGUGUCUGGAGUAGCUAUAGUGGAGAAUGGCUCUGUAGUCAAAGAUCCAACUGUCUCUGACCUCCAAGAUCAUACCAACUGCCACUGCCAUGAAUCCAGUUCAACCCCGCAGAGCGAGCCCGUCCUGCCCACUUACAAGCCGUCCUGCUCCUCUACCCCCAACUACUACAGCAGCCCCCAGAAAAGCUACUCAGACCUGGAUCAGGACAGCCACAGCUUCACUUCCCAGGACUCAGGUAUCCCCACUCUGGAGAUCAACCCUCCAGAGCCCAUCAUCCACAGCCACCAACGCUCAGGCGACGCAGGCCUCAUCCUGGACGCCAGUCAUGAUUCUCCUGCCACUUUACCUUUGGAUGAUGAUCCCGCUAACAACACCAUCCGCAAAUCCUCCACCUUCCCCCGCAGCGGGUACGACUCCAUCCGCCUCUUCAGCCCCGCCAUCAGAUUAUCCGCCACCACGGGGAUGGGUCUCGGUGGUGGAGCCUUAAACCGCAGCGAUGACAUCUCUGUGUGCAGUGUGUCCAGCAUGAGCACUGAGCUGUCGGUCUCCAAUGAAGACAUCUUGGAUUUCACAGUCACUUCUGACUCCAGCGCCAUUGUCACCCUAGAAACAGACGACAUCGGCGCUGCUCACUUCUCAGACGUGAUGUUGUCGUCAUCUCCAGGAAGAGACUUGUGGAGUCCUGUACGACCAUAUCUGGGGUCAGGUGUCAUGCAGCAGGAAGACGAUGGCAGGCAAAAGAAACUGGGACCCCUGGCAAGCUUAUUCAACAGGAGCCUGUUUGCCAGGAGAGUGAAGGACAGUCGGCCAGUGGAGCAGAGAGAUCCAGGGUGGAAACUGUUUGGGAAAGUCCCCCCACGGGAAGGCUCCAUCAAGGACCCUAAGAAAAUACAAAAGGAAUAUGAAACAAAGAGUGGCAGAGCUGGACCUGGCAACCCAACGUCUCCCAGGCAGAGUGUGAGGAAAAACCUGGACUUUGAGCCGCUCUCCACCACUGCUCUUAUACUGGAGGACAGACCUGCUAAUCUGCCUGCCAAGCCAGCUGAGGAGGCUCAGAAACACAGACAGCAGUAUGAAGAGAUGGUGGCCCAGGCCAAGAAGAGAGAGUUGAAGGAGGCUCAGAAGAGGAAGAAGCAGCUGGAGGAUCGGUGUAAGCUCGAGGAGAGUAUCGGCUCAGCUGCCCAGACCUGGAACCAGGAGAUCUUACCAAACUGGAGUACGAUGUGCACAUCUCGACGAGUGAGAGACCUCUGGUGGCAGGGCAUCCCCCCCAGCGUCAGGGGCAAAGUGUGGAGCCUGGCUGUGGGGAACGAGCUCAACAUCACACACGAGCUGUAUAACAUCUGCCUGUCCCGGGCCAAAGAGAAAUGGAAGAACACACCGGCAUCUGCCCCAGAGAUUGAAACUGAAGAUGCUGGUUCUUCAGACAGGGAGUCGAGCCUGGAGCUGAUCAAGCUGGACAUCUCCAGAACUUUCCCCCAGCUGUGUAUCUUCCAGCAGGGCGGGCCCUAUCACGAUGUGCUGCACAGCAUUCUGGGAGCCUACACUUGUUACCGGCCAGAUGUUGGCUACGUGCAGGGAAUGUCGUUCAUCGCAGCAGUGCUGAUCCUGAACCUGGACACAGCUGAUGCCUUUAUAGCUUUUGCCAACCUGCUCAACAAGCCCUGUCAGAUGGCCUUCUUCAGAGUGGACCACAGCCUUAUGUUGACGUACUUUGCGGCAUUUGAAGUGUUCUUUGAAGAAAAUCUACCAAAGCUCUUUGCACAUUUCAAGAAAAACAACCUGACCCCCGAUAUUUAUUUAAUCGACUGGAUCUUCACUCUGUACAGUAAGUCUCUGCCGUUGGACCUGGCAUGUCGGGUGUGGGACGUGUUCUGCAGAGACGGCGAGGAGUUCCUCUUCCGCACGGCGCUGGGCCUGCUGCGUCUCUACCAGGACGUCCUGACCUGCAUGGACUUCAUUCACAUGGCUCAGUUCCUCACACGCCUGCCCGACCUCAUCCCCGCCGAGCAGCUCUUCCAGCACAUCGCCUCUGUUCACAUGACCAGCCGCAACAGGAAGUGGGCACAGGUCCUGCAGGCGCUACAGAAAGAUCAGGAGCGAGGCAGCCCAGUGCUGAAGCGCUGAGCUGAGAUCAGAGGAAACCUUCACACACUAACAGACUGGACCAACUCCCCUCCAGCCUUUUGGGAAAAACCUGGAGGCUCACCACGCUGGAUGGACAUGAAAGAGACCUGUGUUCCACCUGGGGACAUGUCUGGUCGUAGCUGCUAUGAUAAACCUCUUCUCCAGUUCAGUGUCACCGCUCUGACUAGAAUCGGGGACCCUGGAGGGGGUCUGUCAGUGAAGAGGCAGGGGUGUGAAAAGGAAUAUGAGGCCUUAUUUAACCCCCACCACCCCUCCUCUGCUCAGAGGCCCAGCAGUGGAUUGGAAACUGUAGCUGGCAGAGGCUAAAGAAUGUAUCACACAAGCCCACAUACAUGCACCGAGCAGACGGUUUCUGGUCUCCACAGACCAGGGGAGACCAGAGAUACCAGUUACUCCUCAAAUCCUCUGCUCAGUUUUUAAUUCUCUCUGGCUACAGUUCCAGCUGUCUUUCCUUUUUUUUUUUUUUUGUUUUUUCCAAACUUAUCUUAAAAUUUUGAUGACAGAGACAACAGUCGACUCCCUGAUCUUUAAAAAGAAAUAAUAGUCAGGGAAAGCAAAGGUUAAACAUCUCCAGAAUCAGAUCUGUGAGUGACGUGUUUGAAUCCUGUCAUUCUCUCUCUUUUUGCACCUUUUCUUUUUCUUUUUUUUUUUUCUUUCAAAACUUGAGUCAUUCCUUUGUGUCCUAUAUGAGUUUGAUUUCGUCUGUGUGCUUUUCAUUUUCCAGCCGGGGCACAUUUGUUUUCCUGAACCUUUCUAUGAAGUCAAACACGAGUUUAGUGAGUUCAAAUCCUUGAAGACAAGUUUGGUGUCUUUGAAAGCACCACGCUGUUACAUACGAUGAAAUGUUUCAACCCUCUAAAAAGAGGUGAUAAGCUGCCUGUAAAAUGAGUUUUACAGUGUAUUUAUGAAGAGUAAAUAAUGAGAUAACGUGUUACUGUUCGACACAGGACAUACAGUGUCAGACAUGGACGUCCCCCUGCCCUUAAUAUGUUUGAGGUACAUUUCAGCUUGUGAGUGUUUUGAUUCCUAAUGUCUUGAUGUGAGUGUUGAUGUCUUUUGUGCGUUUAUUUAAUAUUUAUCAAAAGGAUGACGGGAUACAAAUAAAACUUGUUCCACUGACAUUUAGGGUCGUCUCCUCACCCGAACUUGUUUUCAGAUCGCGUGUAUACUUGAUUUUAACCAAACGUACGAGGUUGUGAGGCAUCUGGAUCACAUCUGGGCAAAAAGAGAACAUCUUCCCCAACAUCUUGUUGCCAUGGAGAUGGCAGCAGAAAGCUGGAGCAGUUUCAACAGUCUGCCGUCGGCUGGACAUGUAGCAUUAAUGUCGAAUGACGCACACAACCAACGUUCUGAAGCAUCGCUUUGUUCUGUGCUCACACACAGACAAACCUGGACUCAGUACAUAUUGACAUACACAUAUUGACAAAUUAGCACUAAUAAAAGCUGAAUUCGCCAUUAAGACAUUUACAGUGUACCUGUACAUGGACGUACAGACAGCCAUUACUGGAUUAUUACAGUACUGAAGAAAAAAAAUGAACAAUAAGACGGUUCUCAGGCGAGUUCAUGAGGUGUAAACAGAUUUGUGGAUGUUUUAUUUGCUAUAAAAGUCAGAAAGAAUAUCUUCAGGAAGUGUGACUGUAGCAUGUCCAGCCUUCAGCACCAUGAAUUACACCUAAUUUCCCAUCACUCUUUGUUUGCCUGAAAAAAAAAAA